AUGAGCAAAAAAAUACAGACCGCCGUCAUCUGUGCACUGCUCGCAGGCAAAAAGUUUAUUUUUCAAGACGAGGACACGAUCCGGGAGAUCUAUGGCCUCGGACCCGAGAUGUUCAACGUCGAGAACCCCCACCUCUCGCCAAACGAACUGGCAUCCAUCCAAGCGAUGAUGUCAGCCGUGGAAAAAGCGAGAACCCUCAAAGAGAGGUACGACAUCUUGGAGGGUCAGCGCGAAACGUCGUACGGUGCCGGUCGCGAAGCCCUCCGCAUAUGGUGCAAGAGGCAAGACGUCCAUCACGCGAUUGGCGUGAGGAUCGACGCGGCGUGGCACAAAUUGGAACUGACCCCUCUGCAACUCAUCAAUGAAUCCCCGACCGCUGGAUUCCCGGACGUUCGUGACGCUGACCCGGCGAAGGAAGACAUCGCGCUCGCCAUCUUCGGCGAUUACGCACUCUCCACCACGUUGCGGGGUGACUUUCGUGACACCCUGACGCCGAUCAUUCACCAUAACUGGGAGCGUCACCGGAAGGUGUUCAGGAGGGUGGAGGCUUCUUUUACUGCCAGGAAACGCACAGCGAGAGAGGCUUGCGAAGCGAUCGAGCACGCGGAGAAGGUCACCCCACAGAUGCUGCGUGAAGCAACGGCGGCCGUAAAGAAGCUCAGUGAUUCGCUUCAGUGGUUUCCACACGAAGUCCAAGGAAUUCAAGGAAUCGCCGAGCUCGAGGAAUUUUUGAAACAUGUCGUCGUGACCGCCGUGGCCAAGGCCAAAGGCAUAUCAAAGGAGAAGUUGGCGCCGGACAUCGCUGACAACAAGGACACGCCAGGAGCGAAACGGGGGCGCGCCCGCGCAAGCAAGAUCAAAAACGUGUCUUUGAGCGCAGCCGGUGACGUCGACCUCAUUUGGCCGGUUUACGUUCAGCUCUUCCGUACGAUCCAAACCGAACCCGAGCCUCCAGCCGUUGAUUUUGGUGGAGCGGAAGACGAUUCCGUCUGGGGCCACUCAAAUGACCUCGGUGUGGAGACAUAUCGAAAUCACACUGACGCCGCCCUUAACGCCCUACUACACUUUACGGGUGGGCGACCCCCGCUGUUCGCGCCGUUGCGCUCCAUCCGCAGAAAGUGUGCCUGGGAUGCUGAAGCCGAGGAGGAAUUUGUGAAGGAGAACGAAGACAUGGUCCCCCUCAGCCUUCUGUGGCACCAGCGUGUCGGCAUCGCCUCGAUCGUUGAGAAGAUGUGGUUGGAGCACGAUGAUCCCGAAGGGGUUCCAGGCAUGCUCGUGGCUGACGACGUCGGCAUUGGAAAGACUGCAAUGGUGAUGGGCACCAUCGCCUUCCUCAUCGACACAUACUGGCGAGCUCACAUGACAUUGCAAAAGGCUAAGGGUAUCUUGCGGUAUCUAAAUCCCCUCCAGAUAUGUCAGGCUCCCAUACUCAACAAUCGUCCGUAUUUCGCUGGCAUGAAAUCCAUACCGAAUCUCCCCCAUCUCAUCAUUGUGCCGAAUUCCUUGCUCGGACAAUGGAGGUCCGAGCUCCGCAUAUUUUUCGCCCCGAGGACAAUCGAAAUAUAUGAGUAUCCGACGGCCGAGAAGGAAUUCGCCGGCUUCUGGACGGGACCUUGGGCAAAGUCGGCGAUGCCCCUCAUCAAUCGAAUUAUUCUUGUGACGCAUUCGUUGCGCGAGGGCAUCUACGGCGUACUCACCGUCGUUGCAUACGGCAAAGUGUUUGACCUUCGGAAGGGCAAAGCCGGCCACAACCUCAAAAAGGCAUCCGAUGACAAGCGGCAUGUGAAGAACAGUCAACUGGAACACACCUGCCUCUGGCACAAGAGGAACUUCGCCCUCUCCGCCCUCGACGAAGGUCACGACUACCGCAAUCAAACCGCCGGGUGGUAUGCCAUCCUUGAGGUCAUGAAAGUUUCUGGCCUUCGGAUGGUCUUGACCGCCACUCCAUUGUUCACCAGCCCAAAGGACUUGUGCAACAUCGGCCGUCUCCUUCGUAUCCCAUAUUUUACAGGCAAGGGGGGCGACGAGCAAGAGACUAUACACUGGAAGAAAUUGCUUGCCGCGCGGCGCCUCAUCACCAAAGACGAUCAGGAGCUCGCGGCCUCUCAAACUAUUCAGCGACUCACUGGUUCCAAGAGCACACAUGAUGAGCCGGCGUCCAAGAUUCGUGUGCGGCAGCUAACGGCCAGCUGGAUAACCCAAAUCAAGCGUGGCUUCGCAGGACGCGUCAUUCGACGCACGGUCGAAUCUCGCCGAUUCGACGGCAAGAAGAUCAACGACAGCUUGCCUCCAUACAAGAUGAUCAUUGUUCCCGUGCACAUGAACGAGUCGGAGCUUUCGGUCAUCGAAAAGGGCAUGAAGUCCCUGGCCGGCGAUGCUAAGUUGGGCAACCUCGACGACAGCAACGCAUUCAACUCGAAAUUUUAUCUCGAAAGUCGCACAAAGGUCGCCUUCCCAUGGCAUGAUUCGCCGGUCUAUCCUGCCAUCCGCACCCUCCAGGAAUACCACGACAAGCGCUCCACCAAGGUGGAUAUCCUGAUGACCAUCCUCAGAUGGCAUCUUAUCUCAGACGAGAACGGCGUAUACCGUGAUCUCGAUAAGGAGCUCACGGAAGUAGACCAAGAGGCGCUGGACAACGCGUAUGACAAAGAGACAGACCCGGAUGUCAUCGGCCCACAUUCCAUCGACAAGGAACUACCUGGCCUCAUGACCAUGGGCAAGCGCAAGAUCUUGGUUUUCACUGAGUUCCCCAUGAUGGCACCCUUGCUGAUUUCGAUUCUCCGAAAGCACAACAUAUUCGCGCUCGCGCUGAAUGGCACGAACACCGCCGACGAGCGGAACGACAUCAUUCACAAGUUCAACACCAUGCCACAGUACCGCGUCCUGCUGUUUUCCACCGUCGGCGCCGUUGGUCUGAAUUUGACGGUGGCCACUAUUGUCAUUCUCUUCGAUCAGUGCUGGUCGCGGAUGCUCGUCAAUCAAAUCAUCGGUCGGGCGUGGCGUCUCGGUCAAGAGGACAUCGUGUUGGUCUAUAACAUGGUAGCGGUCGGCACAGUCGACGUGCUUAUGGUCGACCACGGCGAAGGCAAAGGCAAGAUGCUUGGCCAGUUCUUGGACAAAAAUAAAGCCGUCGUCAACACCAUUCAAUGCGCCAUGAGAGGAGAGAAGAUCCGAGACGACCACCACGAUGACGACGACAUUGAAGAUGAUGACCCGAUCGAAACCACAGACGGUCCACCUCGGACUUCCGGCGCCUCCAAGUCUGCUACCACUUCUGCCUCCGGUUCCUCAAGCAAGUCUGCGUCUGCGUCAUCCGCUGCACAAAGCAAUAGGGCUGAUCAUUAUGAUGACCCGAUCGAAACCACUGACGGUCCACCUCGGACUUCCGGCGCCUUCAAGCCUGCUACCACAUCUGCCGCCGGUUCCUCGAGCAAGUCUGCAUCUGCAUCAUCCGCUGAAACAAUCAAUAGGGCUGAUGAAGAUGACGACGAGAUCGAAAUCUCAGACAGUCCACCUCGUACUUCCCGCGCCCCCAAGUCUGCAACCACAUCUGCCGCCGGUUCCUCACGCAUGUCUGCAUCUGUGUCAUCCGCUGCAAAAAUCAAUAGUGCUGUUGAAGAUGACGACGAGAUCGAAAUCUCAGACGGUCCGCCUCGUACUUUGCGCAAGUCUGUAUCUGCGGCUUCUCGACCAUAUGCGUCAUCCGCUUCAGACAAAAAUAGGCCUGAUAGGACGAUGUUGCGGACCUACGGUGGCAAGAAGCAGGUCCGGAAUAUUCAGCUGACCGGUGACGACGACGGAAAAAUCUUCGACAGUUCAACCGUCCACAUCGAUGACGAUUUCGUUGAUGAGGAAGAAGACGCCACGACUUCCAAAGGAAAGCAGACAUUGACCGGAAAGGGUAAGGGCAGGCAGCAGGUGAUCGUGAUGAUGCCGCUGCCAAUGGAAAAGAAGAAGCAAAGGACAAGGCCAAAGCCAGGGCCAAAGUCCAAGGCUAACAUUGGGUCGUUGGCCAGUGAUCCCAUCGAGCUGGAUGCAGACAGCCCUCCCGACGACGGGAAAGGAACGUCAACAACCGGCGCAGAGAAGGAUCUUGAACUCACCAUUACCGGGUCCUCGAGGGAGUCGUCCAUGCAUGCCGACGACAACGACAACCAGGCCAAGCAUAACGUAGCUCCAGCCGGGUCUCAAAGGGAACCGUCUGUCCCUGAUGCGGACGACAAUGACAGAAGUGGCGGCAUGCAAGAUCCAUCGUCUCCCACACAUCCUGCAUGGUCCAUGCGAGAUCAGCGAGCGGUAGACACCGACGACGACAAUGCAUACUGGUCCAUGGACAUGGACGACUCCAAUCUACAGGACUUGGACCUCCAACCAGUCAACGAUGCGUUCGAGCUAGAUGGCAACACGCUCGACGGCCUGGCACACGGCACUCAGGAAUCUACACAGGAUAGCAUGGAUGUUGAAAGGAUGUUGGGUGAUCGUGGCAUGGCUCAACUCAGGUUGACGCCCGGCGAAGAUUAUGUUGAUGUGGACAAUAUCGUCGACCCGUUUCCAUGGCAGGGUUGGGUUCGAGAUGAGUACCCUGGCAGAGGGAAACGCCGUCGAAACACGGGAUCGUCAUCCUCCAUGGCGUCUCCUACGUCUGGACCGUUGAGAAGUCCUCCUCGUGUUCGCCCUCCACGCAAGAAGAUUUUGUUGGUUGGGGACGGCUCAGCACGCGACCACGAAUCUGCUGCACAUGCUGAUUCUGUGGGUGUUGGUGCAAGCCUGACGGUGAAGUGCCGCACUGCUGUGCCAGCAAAUGCGCCAAGGCCAGGAGCUAGCCGCACCGCACGUGCUCGCGGGGGAUUGCUGUCGCGUUGUUUGUAUUUUAUCCUUGGACUGAUCCCGUGUGUGAUUCAAGAUCAAGCUCGCGGAGAUGGUGCAAGGGAUGGUUCAGCCAGUAUUCAUGAUGGAAAUGAUCCCAAUUUGGAGCCGUCUCACAGGCGGGUUAUUGAAAGGUAUUGUCGUGAGACGCAGUACUCCAUGGAAGCGGUCAAUAAGAGGGGUGGAUGUACAUCUUAUGCUCGGAUAAUAGGGAUGGUGCCCAUUGAGAGCCGUCAAAGAGGCCGACAGACGCGGUCCCCAUUGGGAGCCGUCUCACAGGUGGGGUGCUUGCAAAUUGUUCAUGGGAGCAGCGGUCCCCAUUGGACUGCGUCUGUCAUGACCACGAAUCAAUCAAGCACCCAACACCUGUCAAUCACCCACUUGUUCGACGGCUCCCAAUGGGGACCGCAUCUGUCGAGCACACCGCCUAUCACGCACAGGCCACACGUCUGUAAGACGGCACCCAUCGGCAUAGGCGCGGUCCACAUUUUGGACUUGGCACAAUAUCUGGAACGUGGCACGUGA